UUGGUGGGCUUGCCGGCCGAAGGGCUGGGAGAGCUUGUUUACCUGAGGCCUGGGGGUGGGACCUACGUGCGGACGUGCGGAGACGGGAGACUGGCCACGUUAGCUAGGGAGUCGCCGCUGCCUGCCGCCGGGCUUCCCUGUCGCACGGACGGGCUGCAGCGCUGACCCCAGGUUCGGCUUCCAGCUAGUCAGCCACGCCAGCCACGCCGCCUCCGGCACGAGUGUGCUCUGGGCAUAUUUGUGUCUCGAUUUUGAGGCGCCUUGUUUGACUUCUCCAGUCAUCUGGAUUGUUCUCCUCCAAUCAGGAAAACCCAUACCCGGAAAACAUUAAAUAGUACAAUUCCGUAUGUCUGCAGGUGAUGUUGUAGUCAUGUCAGAUAAGGAUCCUCCAGAGUCUCCAGUGGUAACCGAAGCAGCUUCGACCCUUAAAGAUGAGAACUGUGAGCCAGUGGAGAAGCCAGAGGAUAAAUCUCAGCCUGUAGUGUCCACCCGGAAAAGACCAGAGAUCAAACCUUCUAGUGACCUUGAGGCUUCUGCUCUUCUUACUGCUCAGGAGACUGCUUCUAAAGAUAUAGCUCAGACUGGAUGGGGUUAUUGGGGCAGUUGGGGCAAGUCUCUGCUCUCCUCAGCCUCAGCUACAGUAGCUACAGUAGGACAAGGUAUUUCAAAUGUCAUUGAGAAGGCAGAGACUUCUCUUGGGAUUCCCAGCCCCACUGAAAUUUCAGCUGAAGUCAAGCAAGCAGCAGGAGAAACAAAUGCUGGUGAGAAUGGAAGCUUACUAGUGGCUGGACCAUUCGGGAUGCUCUCGACCAUCUCUACAGCUGUGCAGAGCACGGGCAAGAGCGUUAUCAGUGGGGGCUUGGAUGCCUUGGAAUUCAUUGGGAAGAAGACAAUGGAUGUCAUAGCAGAAGGGGAUCCUGGAUUUAAAAGAACCAAGGGCCUGAUGAAUCGGACUUCUACGCUGUCUCAGGUUUUACGAGAGGCAAAGGAUAAAGAAGAGCAGUGGCCUUCCAAUGAAGUAACCAUGGAAACAGACAAGAAAACUCAUUAUGGGCUACUCUUUGAUGAGUUUCAAGGCCUUUCACAUCUAGAAGCUCUGGAGAUGCUUUCCCGAGAAAGUGAGAUAAAGGUGAAAUCUAUUCUUAGUUCUCUGAGUGGAGAAGAACUACAGACAACUAGACUUGAGCUAGAGCAGCUCAAAGAAGCAUUUUCCCUAGCAGAGUUCUGUGAGGAAGAGGAGGAGGAGAGACAAGGGGAUGACGAUUUUACCAAGGAGAUAACAGAUCUGUUUGCUCAGCUUCACGUCUCUUCCCGACCAGAGAAGCUUGCCAAGGCAAGAAAUACAGCCUACAAAUGGAUCAGAACAUCUCUGGCUAAGCCAGUAGCAGAGAAAGAAGAAGGAGAAAAAGAGUUGGAGGCAGAAAAUACCGAGGAAGCCCAGAAACAUUCAGUAGAGGAUAUCCAUGCAUUUGCAAUCCGGAGCUUAGCAGAGUUGACUGCCUGCUCAAUAGAAUUGUUCCACAAAACAGCAGCAUUGGUUCUGCAUGGCCAGAAGCAGGAGGUGACAGCCUUAGAGAGGAGCCAGACUCUCUCCCAGAUGACAGUCAUGCUGUGUAAAGACCUGGCCUCGCUGUCUAAAGAGUUCACCACCUGCCUGACCACAGCUGGGGUCAGAGAGAAGGCAGAUGUUCUUAAUCCAGUCAUCACUGCAGUGUUUCUAGAGGCCUCAAACAGCGCUUCCUAUAUUCAAGAUGCCUUCCAACUCCUCCUGCCUGUGCUGCAGAUCUCUCUCAUCGAGAGCAAGACAGAGUCAUCCACGUGUGAGCCACAGCCCAGAGACCUCUGACAGAACCCUGAGGAGCAGAGAAGAGUCCUCCUGAGAUGGUGAUAGCCAAGAAAUCUGACGUUGCUCAGGGAGCCCUGCAGCCAGAGCGAGGCAUAGUACUUACUGCGUGUGUGAAAGGCCAGCAGGGCGCAGGCUCACAGGGAUGCUUGCUUCUCUGCGUAGCUGAUGCGCUCCGCUGCUCACACAGCUCUUCCAGCCUUAUAAGUAAUAAAUUAUUUGAAAAAAAGAAAGAAAGAAAGAAAGAAAGAAAGAAAGAAAGAAAGAAAGAAAGAAAGAAAGAAAGAAGAAAAACGAAAUGUAUUUCAGGAAAGUCAGCAGGACAUUCUGGCAAAAACGCUGGACUUUGUUAGCAAGCUCAGAAAACACUAUAGACUGUUAUGGAUGUCAUUCGCAGCCAGUGGUAAAAUUGUUAAGCAGGAGAGAACAAAACCUCAGUUUGGUGUCCUGGGGUUUAUGACAUUCGUCGUAGCCUGGGCUUUCUCCUUUCCAGAAUAAAGCCUGUGGCUUCUAGAGAACUGAGACUACAUUAGCCCUAAGUGAGGUGGUCGGACAGGGCUGUCUAGCUGUUUCACAUGGAGUAGAAACUCGUAGCCAUGUGUAUGAACCACAGGAAAAUGCCCUUUGGCUUCAAAUGCCUCUCUUCCCAGUAGACCAUGCAGCCGCGUGUCUGCAGGUGCUCUGAGUCUCUUCGGGCUGCAUUGUGCAUGCCCUGCCUGAGGCUGCACUCAUGCAGGCACAUCUUUCAGCUGCCAACUCCAGAGCGGGAGGGAGGAGGCUUUUGGUGAUGGGGUUUUGUGGAGUCCUGUGAAGAUGUUCACUUAUAACAGGAUUGAGCCUCCCGCGUCCCCCUCAUUGUUCCUCUGUUGUCGUGUGUUUGUUAUUGUGCUUGGAGAGGAGCUCAACUGCCGUCCGUACUCUCGAGCCCUCCAUGCAGUUUUCAGCAGUUCAAAGCUAUUUUGGUAUCCAGGCUUUUUGAAAAUGUUCAUUAGCUUUGUGAUUUUUAGUGGCUCCGGCAACUUUCGAGAGCCCUGUUCUUUAUCUUUGAAAACCAUUAAAAUAAAAUAUAAUUAUACCUAC